AGAAUUACCAAGGUAGCUAGCUACCGAUAAGUACGGAGGUCAUUCCUAGAUCCGCCCACCGCCCUCGUUGAAGCAACAGAGUGUCAUUCCCCGGAGCUGGUCUGGUCCACUCCCGUCUGUACCACGUACCACUACAGUUCUACUUACUCCUGACCUUGCUCUUCCCUCUUUGCGUGCACCAUCAUCGCAAUUAACACAGACACGGAUCACAUUGAGUCAAUGGUAUACUAGACUCAUUUUCGUCUAUUAUCGCGGCAAUGGCUCCUCCAUCCUCUUAUCGCCCGCGGAAGAAGAGAAAGUUCCCCUCGUCAUACACGGGCUCCAACAAUUCUCUCAUUGCCGAGUCAGGCGGCAAGUCGUCUCCCGCAUUUCCUCUGGUUUCAUUCCUGUGGUCCGCUCGGGCAGGUGUUUCUCAAUGGCUUGUUCUGCCUCUUGUUCUGAUGGCUGUCGGCCUAUUCCGUUGGGCAGUUAGUCUAUGGGGGUAUUCUGGCUUCCAGGUACCCCCGAUGCACGGUGACUUCGAGGCGCAGCGACACUGGAUGGAGAUUACCACUCAUCUGCCCAUGGCAAAGUGGUACCUGUAUGAUCUACAAUACUGGGGACUGGACUAUCCUCCUCUAACAGCAUAUCACAGCUGGCUGCUGGGGAAAAUUGGAACUGCCAUUGACCCGAGCUGGUUCGCUCUUGACAAGUCUCGCGGACUUGAAGAUCCCCUGCUGAAGGUGUUCAUGCGCGGUACGGUAGUGGCUUCCGAGUAUCUUGUCUUCAUCCCGGCUGUGGUCAACUUCUUGCGCCGCUACACUCGGAUGCAAAAUGUGCCUGUCUGGUCUGCUUCGAUUGCGCUUGUCGCAAUCCUACUUCAACCCGCGACCAUUCUCAUCGACCAUGGUCAUUUCCAGUACAACACGGUGAUGCUGGGGCUCGUCGUUGCGAGCUUGGAUGCCAUCCUGGCGGGACGGAUGCUCUGGGCUUGCAUCUUCUUUGUGGGCGCCCUCGGCUUUAAGCAGAUGGCGCUGUACUAUGCCCCCGUCUUGUUCGCCUUCCUCUUGGGCGUGUGCAUUUUCCCGAAAAUCCGAAUCCUCCGCCUUCUUUGCAUUGCGCUUGUCACCCUCGUGGCAUUUGCGGUUCUCUUCGGCCCAUUGGUGAUCGGCGCGAUCGGUGAAGAGGCACGAGAGAUCCUGGCCUCGGCUCCGCAGCCUCCUCUUCUACAGCAGCUGCCGAUCGAUCUCGACAAGCAUUCCGUGCUCUACGCAGUCGCUUUCCAAUUGACGCAGAUCAUCCAUCGUGUGUUCCCGUUUGCCCGUGGUCUGUUCGAAGACAAGGUCGCCAAUGCUUGGUGCGCUAUCCACACGUUCUACAAGCUCCAUCGGUUCGAAGCCAGUCUCCUUCAGCGCAUGUCCCUCGGCGCCACCUUGGGUUCGAUCUUGAUCCCCUGCAUCCUGAUCUUCCGCCAUCCGCGCGCAUCCCUUCUGCUCCCCGCACUCUCAAGUGUGGCCUGGGGCUUCUUCUUGUUCUCUUUCCAGGUGCACGAGAAGAGCGUCCUGCUUCCCUUGCUCCCGAUGACACUGCUCCUGGCUGGCGACGGGGGUCUCAGCAAGGAGACGCGGGCGUGGGUGGGAUGGGCCAACAUCCUCGGAACGUGGACCAUGUACCCUCUGCUCAAGCGCGACGAGCUCCGGGUGCCGUAUUUCGUCAUUACCUUGCUCUGGGCCUAUUUGAUGGGCCUGCCGCCAACCUCGCUCGAGGCCUAUCGUAGCCGGGAUUCGUCCGAGGACAAUGCGGAACCUCAUGUGCUCACCAAACUCGUGCACAUCUGCUUCUACCUUGCCAUGAUCGCAUGGCAUGUCGUGGAAGCUUUCGUGCCUCCUCCCUCGGACAAACCCGACCUGUGGGUGGUCCUGAACGUGCUCAUCGGAGCCGGUGGGUUUGGACUGGCCUAUCUAUGGUGUGUGUGGAAGUUGAUCCAGCAGUGCCGGAAGAUUGACCAGAAGGUUGCGGAGGAGACUCAGAAGAACCAGUGAUCUAAGGUCGACCCAUAGAGGCGGUGCCUUCCAUAUACCUUUUGUCAUUCUAUAGUGAUACCCCAUUUCAUUUCCGUGGGCUUGCCAUGUGCAUGGCUCUGUGACACGAAACACAGUCCAUGCCAGAUGUAUGUACACCAAACAAAAGAGCAAUGAUUUGAUUUUACUUGAUACUCUGCCAAUGCAGACACUACAAC